UCACGGAUAGUCCAGUGGGAGGUCAGCCGUUAAGUCGAUAACCUUGCUUAGGUAAUUGCCAGCGGGACCGGUGCCUGGUACGAAUCCCGGGGUCGUCGUUGUACUCGUGCGAGUAAUCCACGAUGCUACAAGGCGCUAAGCAAUGGAAGUGACCCUUGAGGGAAGAAAUUCUGCAGAGACAUUUCCACCCCGGGAUGGCGUCGCCAGAUUACACCGUCCCGUUACAGGGAAGUUGGCAGUUUGGCUGGACAACUACUAUUCUCUUCUUUUUGCCUUUUUUUUUAUUUUUUUUAAAAAAAAAUCCGCUUACCAGGGUUGUUCUUUUCCUUCUCCUUUCAAUCAAGCAGUUAACGAGAGCUCAUCUGUGAAAACCCGCGUCUUUUUUCUGUUUCAUCGCGUUCGAGUGACUUCAAUGUUAUGGUUCGCGUUCUAGUUUAUAUAUCAGACCGACCGCUCCUGUUGUAGAUGUCGAAGCCAUCCAAAAGCGACUAUGGAAGCCUGCAUAUUGUUGAUCAAGAUGUGAUAUAUUUUCUGUUUACCAACACAAUAUCUCAAUAUUGGAUGC